AAAGAGACGUGCUGGUUGUUUUCAAGUAGACAUCAGCCAUCACUUUCUCAUCAAGCUACCUACAGACAAGACAAAACACUAACUCGAUCAGCUACGAAAAUGAAGUGCUUCGUGGCUAUUGCUAUUGCAGGCCUCAGUGCCAUUGUAACAGCUGCUCCAACGCCCGCGGCCCCUGCAGGUCUAAAGAGGACUGCCAGCGGAGACAUUGUGGCAACCUAUAACGAGGAGCAUCUGGCAGGCUGGAAGCGAGAUGAGGAUGGCGACGUUGUGGUUCCAACUUACAUUCGCAUACAUCUGGGUGGCAAGGCCAAGAGGAACGCUGAUGAUGACGAUGUCACUGCGACAUAUAUCAGGGCUCAUUUGGGUGGAAAGGCAAAGAGGGAUGCCGAUGAUGAUGAUGUAACAGCAACUUACAUCAGGGCCCAUCUUGGUGGCAAGACGAAGAGGGAGGUCGAUGAUGAUGGUGCCAGUCCAACUUAUAUUAGGGCUCAUCUUGGGGGCAAGGCGAAGAGAGAGGCCGAUGAUGGCGAUGCCACUGCAAGUUAUAUCAGGGCUCAUCUUGGUGGUUAA